AUGAAGCUCCUCGCGAUCUUCCUCCUUGCCCUCAUGGGCUUCCUCGAGAUCGCCUCAGGCGCCGUUAUCACUGGCGUUUCCGACGAUCUCACCGGAUCUGCCGUCGCUGGAGACUGCCAUAACGGCGACGAGAAGUGCUCUAUCCUCCCAAUCAUCCUUCUCGGCCGCCACUCCAUCAAGCGCUGCAUCAACCACAACUGGGUUGACGUCGAGAUCUGCAACGUCGGGGCCAUCUGUAACUCAGACCCUUCACCUCACUGUACCCUCGCGACCAUCGAUGGUGAGAUCGCUGACAAGGACAAGGCCUCUGCUGUCACCUCCAACGAGAUUUCAUCCAGACAACAGGUCUGUCUUGAAGGCACUCAGCAGUGCGCCUACCUUGAUCCGAUCAAGCGGCACAUCAUCCAACGCUGCUAUGGCCGCAAGUGGGUUAACACCAAGGUCUGCGAAGCCACCGAGACCUGCAUCGGUGGAGCUGCGCCCCAGUGUGUCGCUCAGACCGUGCUGUCUCGCGACGAGACUGACGAAGAGGAAAUCGACGAAGAGGACUCCAACCCAGACGACAUCGACGCCGAUCUCGCCCACAAGUCCGACCUCCCCUGCACAAAAUCGCCCUCUCCUCCUCUUAGUGACUAA